ACUUGUUUCAAACCAGCAACCACUGAAGUGGACAUUGGACAUGAGAGUCGGUGGGGGAGGGGGGCAGUGGACUUUUCCUGUAUGACGGAAUACACUUUCCGAAAAGACAAGGAACUUGCCAAGGGGUUUAGCACCAUACCCCACAGUGCCACAUACAUGUCACGCGAUAUUCAAAAUGAAAUCAUAGGGCUCAUUGGUGAGAUUGUCACUGAGGAAGCUACAUGCGAAAAGUACUUUGACACACGUGUUCAGUCAGCACAGAAGAAGCAUACUACACCCGAGGAUAGCUCAACUAAUCCAACUGGGGGGGUUCUUACAAGAAGAUUUUUGGGGAGAAUGGAAUGAUCGAUUCCUCAGGAAGUUCCACAGAGCAUCAAGGAGGCUUCAACUGAAGGAACCCCCUGCAACUGGAUACUGACAUUUUAUAAGGCACCCUUUCCCCGAAUCAAGAACGAAGACGUUGUCGCAAGAGCAGGUAUGGAUUGGAUAGCUGUGUUCACAUCCUUGGAGGCGGUGUGUAAGGAAAACAUCACUGCUCUGUCUGGGCCUCCUGACUUGCCAUAUGGCGACGUGUCCAGGCGCUUGGUGACAUGCAUGAGAAAGAUUCAGGACCAUGGUCGUGCCCUGGAACCUGUGGUUUCUGGCAUCACUGCAGUCUACCACCACUAUGACUUUGACUCUGAUACCCCUGGGAAUGGGUAUCGCACACUGGUCAAGGUGUUGCAGUCUUGCCUUCUGCACAUCAUCCACAACGGCCGCUACAUUGCCUCUAACUGCCACAGGGCCUUCUUCAGGGCCGACCACAAUGCCUCAGAGAUGGAAGCCUAUGGCAGUGUCCUGUGCCAGCUACGGGCCCUCCUCUACAUUGCCCAGGGAAUGCUCCACGACAACAGUCCCGGGCAGCUGUACGGAGAGCAGGACGGAGAGCUGAGCAGGUGGUUGGUGAGGGAGUAUGCCUCCAUGCACAAGGCCUGCUUCUACGGCCGCUGCCUCGGCUUUCAGUUCUCAUCUUCCCUUCGUCCGAUCCUGCAGUCAUUAAUCAUAAGUAUGGUCUCGUUUGGAGAGAGCUACGAAAAACAGCAUUCCGGGUUAGGCAUGGCAGCAUUCUCCCUCCUUACCUCUGGGAAGUAUGUCAUCGAUCCAGAGCUGAGAGGAGAAGAAUAUGAGAGGAUCACCCAGAACUUGGACAUGAAGUUCUGGAAGUCCUUCUGGAACCUCACCGAAUCAGAGCUUGUAUCGGGCUUUGCCAGUUUAACCUCUACCCUAGUGCAGGUAAACCUCACCCUGACCAUACCCCCUGAACCACUACUCCUCCCCCUGGUCUCAGACCCCCGUCUCUCUACCCCUGUGUCCCCGCCAGUGGCCCACUGGGGCCCUGGACCUGUCAACAUGCGCCUCAUCUCCUAUGAGCUUCGAGAAGGACAGGACAGUAAAGAGCUGCUAGCCUUCACUCGUACAGAAGCUCCACCCAUUUCCCUGUCUUUAGUACCGUUUGGUGCCCAGAAGCGACCUCCUUCCCCCUGGCUGUUGAUCCACUUCCAUGGAGGAGGCUUCGUGUCCCAGACCUCCAAAUCCCAUGAGAACUAUCUGAAGAGCUGGUCCAAGGAUCUGAAUGUUCCCAUCCUGUCUGUGGAUUACUCCUUGGCACCUGAGGCCCCCUUUCCCAGAGCCCUGGAGGAGUGCUUCUACGCCUACUGUUGGGCCCUCAAGAACUGCCAUCUUCUGGGCUCCACUGCUGAGCGUGUGUGUCUGGCUGGGGACAGUGCUGGGGGGAACCUCUGCAUCACUGUGUCCAUGAGGGCCAUUGCCUGCGGUGUGCGCAUCCCUGAUGGAAUUAUGGCUGCAUAUCCUGCUACCCUGCUCACCAUUGAAGCCUCGCCCUCCCGCCUUCUCACCAGCUUUGACCUACUGCUGCCCUUAGGGGUGCUCUCCAAGUGUAUCAACGCCUACACAGGUGUAGACUCUGAGACAGUUCAGCCUACAGAGGGGAUCAGCACAUUGAGCGCUCUAGGUAGAGACACAGCCUCGCUGAUCAGUGACCUCUCACACGGGGCGUCCAAAUGGAUCCAGUCCUUCAUUCCCGCAGAGGUCCUAGGGUCAUGGUCAUCGUCUCACCGGAGGUCCUUGGACAACAAGGCCCACCAGAGAUCAGUGUUGCCAUGUUCACCCGACUCCUCCUCAGGGCCCAGGGACUACCCAGAAGGCUUUGCGCCCCUGCGAUCCGAGCGCCUGUCUGUGAUCCAGCCGCGUAGCUGUCCCUCCGUCAAGAACCCAUUUGUGUCACCCCUGCUAGCCUCUGACGACCUACUGCGUGGACUACCACAUGUACACUUAGUGGCCUCUGCACUGGAUGCUUUGCUGGAUGACUCUGUGAUGUUCGCCAGGAAACUGCGGAAUAUGGGCCAACCAGUGACCCUAAGGGUAGUGGAAGACCUCCCACAUGGCUUCCUUAGCCUAUCGGGAUACGCAGAGGAGAUAAAGGUGGCCUCCGACAUCUGCGUAGAGCGAAUCAGGGAGGUCUUCCAGCAGACAACUCUGCCUUCCUGUACUCGCAAGUGACCAAUGUUUGAAAGGAAUAAUAAUGGGGCUGACCAUCUGGCUAAUAAAACCAAGGGGAAAACUAGUUGUUGUCCUCACGAAAGUGAAA